AAAGCUAAGCUACCAUCGGGUUGGGGGAAGUUGUCAGCGGUUGUUUCAGAAAAAGAGGAGAGAGGGAAGGCAGCAGGAUUUUUGCAAUGGCGGACUCCACGGCGCACGUUAGCAGAUCACGGGACCUCGACAAGCUCCUUCUCCGUCCCGGCCAUCUUGUUGGCCCCACCUUCGAGCCUGGCCCCGAGUUGAGAGAUGACCUUCGAAAAUUUGCCACAGUGUUGGUGGUAGGGGCAGGUGGAUUGGGCUGUGAACUGUUAAAGGACUUGGCUUUGUCGGGUUUCAAGAACCUCGAAGUCAUAGAUAUGGACCGUAUCGAGGUUUCUAAUCUUAAUCGGCAGUUCCUCUUCAGGCUUCAAGACGUUGGAAAGCCAAAAGCUGAGGUGGCAGCAAAGCGUGUUAUGGAAAGAGUUAGUGGUGUAAAUAUUGUGCCACAUUUUUGCCGGAUUGAGGACAAAGACAUUGAAUUUUAUAAUCAUUUCAAUAUUAUUGCCCUUGGUCUUGAUUCCAUUGAGGCUCGGAGCUACAUAAAUGCUGUGGCUUGUAGUUUUCUAGAGUAUGAUUCUGAUGAUAAACCACUGGAAGAAACAAUUAAACCUAUGGUGGAUGGUGGAACUGAAGGCUUCAAGGGUCAUGCCAGGGUUAUCAUUCCAGGGGUCACUCCAUGCUUUGAGUGUACCAUCUGGCUUUUUCCCCCUCAAGUGAAGUUUCCUUUAUGCACUCUUGCAGAAACCCCUAGAACUGCUGCUCAUUGUAUUGAAUAUGCCCACUUAAUCAAGUGGGAUGAGGUUCAUAGUGGAAAAGCAUUUGAUCCAGAUGAUCCUGAACAUAUGAAAUGGGUCUACUCUGAGGCAGUUAAGAGAGCUGAGCUCUUUGGCAUUCCAGGAGUCACAUACUCUCUGACUCAGGGUGUGGUGAAAAAUAUUAUACCGGCCAUUGCAUCCACAAAUGCAAUUAUUUCAGCUGCAUGUGCACUGGAAACCUUGAAGAUUGUAUCAGGAUGCAGCAAAACUUUAUCAAACUAUCUAACGUACAAUGGGGCUGAAGGUCUCCACACUAAAGUAACUGAGUUUGUGAAGGACAUGGACUGUCUUAUAUGUGGUCCAGGUGUUCUUAUUGAGUUGGAUACUUCGGUUACUUUACAAAAGUUUAUGGAUCAACUUCAAGAGCACCCUAAGCUGCUUCUUUCAAAAGCAAGUGUCAAACAUCGAGAGAAGAAUCUGUACAUACAGGCUCCUCCAGUAUUAGAAGAGUUGACCAGAUCAAACCUAAAUCUACCGCUCUUUGAUUUAAUGGGUAAAAUCCGGAAGGAUAUCGUACAUGUGACUGGUUCAACCACCAAGAAUGACAAGAAAACUUCAUGUCUGAGGAAACUACGUGUUGUUUUCAAGGGAAUUGAUGGGGCUACAGAUAUGGACACAGCUGGCGGGGCAUAGAUUUUUUUCUUUCUUUCCUACACUUGGUUUUUAUUUGGAAAAUGGACCCGGAACUGCUUCUGAAGCUGCAGAAAUGUUCCUUUUCUCCUCUUCCCUUUUCUUUAUCUGUUCCAUGGAGUACGUCAUCUGAGUGAAGGGCAGAAAUGGGGGUGAAGUGGGUCUGGGUGCCUUAUUACUUUGUUAACAUUUUUCCAAAGACAAGUCCUUGAAAUAGUACUUUGAGCUGUGAUAUUAUUACGAAGAUGAUAAUUCUAUAAGGCAAGUAUUGUAAGUUUCAUGUUACUUAAUGCAAAAGAUGGCUCUUGUAGAUCAAAAGAUGAAGCUUCCUAAUGGGCAUUAGAUAUAUUUACAUA